CUACACGGGGCACAACUUAAUAAUCAAUCUCACAGACGCUCAUCAAGAACGCCAGCACAGGUUGCAGCGCAGGAACACCGCUAUGUCACCGGCCCAGAUUUAUAGUUCACGGCUCCUUCCUACCCUGCAGCUUCCCCUCUUUCGUAUAUGUCCCAUCAUUCUCAGCUAGAAUCGUGGCGCCAAACGCCUCAGGACAAGCGAUUGUCAAUUUCUUCGAUCCAUGUAACAGCUCCUGCGGCUGGCCUUCGUCGCAUUCCAGCCGGUUAUUAUGUCGCCGUCGAGAUCGACGGAACUGUUUGGAGAACAGCAGUCAAAGCGGAAGUACCGUCAAGCAAUAUCGUGCAGUGGGAUCAGAUUUUUGUACUUCCCGCAGAUAGUUCAACAACAGUAUCUUUGAGAAUCUUUGCAGCCUUCGAAUCUGAACAACUUUUACAUCACAGCGACCAAUCCCUACCCAUAUUUUUCUUCCCUGAUGGGGGUGAAUCAUCGUCUCUCCUGGUAAAGGUCGACCGAGGCCUUGAAGGCGAACCCGAUGCAGCUCAGUUUGGCCAACGCUACUCUCCCAGACCUAAUGAGUCACGACUUCUUGGUCAAAUGACAGAAACCGCCACGGAACAGCUGCGCCUUGCGCUUGAUUAUUGUGGCAGUGAUCACCCUGACCGUGCAGCAGCAUUGACUAAUUUAGCGGACGCUCUCGUGAUCCACCCGCAUAUUGAAGAAAGCGAUGGCGCCAUCAAUGCCCCUAUCUCGCUGUAUCAGGAAGCGCUGGAGCUUCGCCGAUCGGGGCACCCAGACCGUCCUUUGGCACUGCUCAAGCUUGGACUUGCAUUGCUAUACCGUUUUCAGCUAAGGAAAAAUCCUGCAGAUGUAAUGGAAGGACAAGACCUACUGAAUCGUGCGCAGCGUGUCUGUUCGGACGACAAUUCCGAUAUCGAACCUGUCAUUGACGCAAUCAGGAGCUCCACUCCUACUAAUACUUCGAGUCACCGCUCUUUGGAGGUGCUUCCAUCGCCUCCUUCACCGCUUUCACGAAUGUCGAUGAACUCCGCAGCUCCACAGCCUCAUAAAUUCCCAGAAGCGGUGGGACGCACUGCUGACAUACCAACACGUUCUGUUCCGCUAUCAAUGAGAAGCAUGAACGGUGAAUCACUGUUACAGCGUGGUCAGGCAGAACAAUUCGGAGAUGAGAAAGAGUUUGCCGCAGAUGAAGCUAACGCACCACCGCCAGCCUGUCAGCCCACGCAUCCUCGCUUGCAAUCGGGAACUCUAUACACGAACUCUGUUACGAUGCCCCCUCAACUACUGCCAGGAAGUCCGCGCAGAGAAUGUUGCACGAAGCUGCUUGCCCCUGAUGUCGAAAUGCGGGCAAUUCAACCACAGCAGACUAUUAAAUCUAUCUCAUCACCGCUCACACCCCAUUCGUUUCUCCCUUUGCCGGUACCAGCUGCUCGGGCCCCAGAUCUGCUCGCUUCUAACCUUCGCAUAGCAUUUAUUGCUGUUUUCGUGUUUCUAUCUAUUCUCCUGUUGAUGACACGUCCAUUGGAUGGGCUAUGGUUUUGAUUGAUGUUAUUAUUGCCACCUGCGCUCACAUCUGUAAUACUAGGACUGCA